UAACCGGAGAUUAAACCACGGUUCAGUGUGUUUCUAGCUGAGGACGUAUCCGAUGUGAGGGUCAAAGUGCCACCAAAAGAGCAGGUAUAUAUACCGGCUUCCAGCUCCGGAUCGCCAGCCAAAGAUAUCUAUCCAACGACGAACUAAAAACCUAGACAUUAAGUCUUAGCCAUCACUUGAUAUAUUCAAAAUGAAGUUCCUCGCUCCUCUUGUUCUCAGCUCUCUCGCCUCAGCUGCCGCCCUCAACCGCCGGGCGGAUAUGUGUGGCCAAUGGGACACCACCACUACCGACAAGUUCACUUUGUACAACAAUCUCUGGGGCGAGGGCAAUGCAGACAGUGGUAGCCAAUGCACCGGCCUCGAUUCGGAUAACGGAAACACCAUUGCCUGGCACACCAGCUGGAGCUGGACCGGUGGAGCCGGCCAGGUCAAGAGCUUCGCCAAUGCUGCCUACACCUUCGAGGCCACUCAGCUGAGCCAGCUAAGCAGCAUCCCCAGCACAUGGAAGUGGCAGAACACUGGCUCCGACGUUGUUGCUGAUGUUGCAUAUGACCUCUUCACUUCGUCCAGCGCAGAUGGAGAUGAGGAGUACGAGAUCAUGAUCUGGUUGGCAGCCUUGGGUGGUGCUGGUCCUAUCUCGUCGACCGGAUCUACUAUUGCUACCCCCACCGUGGGCGGACAGAGCUGGUCCUUGUACAGUGGCCCCAACGGCCAGAUGACAGUGUUCAGCUUCGUCGCCUCAUCCACGACCGAGGACUUCUCGGCUGACCUGAAUGAUUUCCUCAAGUAUCUGCAGGAGGAACAGGGCUUGCCUUCCAGCCAAUACCUGACCCAUGUGCAGGCGGGUACUGAGCCCUUCAGCGGAAGCGACGUCAAGUUCACCACCUCUUCCUACUCUGUGUCUGUUGCCUAAUCGCCAUCCUGCCAACUAGGUUGAUGACGGUUUUGUAAAUAGUUUGAGGCGAUGCUAGGCGCCGUGUUUCAGGGACCGUCAGGGAUAGCGGGAUGAAUGGAGGGUAAAAGGUUCCGGAUAUACAUACCUCAGGAAGGAGGCUGAAUCAUUCCGUGUUUUGGCGAGAGGGGUACAGGCUGUCUGUUGCCUGUUUUAUUGUGAAUAUCUGUGAUUGUCUUCUUCUACCCGCUCGCUCCCGUGGGGCAUGAGGCGUCUAGCUUGUUGAGUAUAUAUGUUUUAUUUAGAAAUCAUGAUCGAAAACAUCUAAAUAUAAAUUCCCGGCGUCUAAUGAGACAGUCGAAUGGGAUUAAACGAUUGAAGUGGCGCCGUAUAAAUAUAGAAAGGCAACUAGCUCGUACUAGUAGAUCAGGGACCCAGGUAAGAUAGUAUCCAUCUUAAGAUCUCAAGUCGAGGGAUUGCAGCGUCUGCACCCCCCGGCGCUUAACUGCCUGCAGGAACCAAAC